AUGAAUCAAAAUAGUAUUCAAAUCUUAUCAUCAACAAUUAUUAAAACUAAUUCAUUGAAUUCAUUAAAACUCUCACCAAAUGACUGGAUAAUACCAUCAACUAGUACCAUAAGUUGUAUCUAUUUUUAUGAUAUUCAACAAUGGUCAUUAUAUAAAAAACAAACCAAUGAUAUUUUUAUGAAUAUUGAACAAUUAAAAUUAAGUUUACAAAAACUACUUGAAUAUUAUCCUUUAUUAACUGCACUUGGUAUUACAUUGAAUCAUCAAAUUGCUGAUGCACAUUCAUAUUUUCAAUUGAUUAAAGAUUGGACACAAUUGUAUAAAAAUUUACAAUAUCAACCAAAUGUUUGUCAUCAACGUUCACUUCUUGAACCAACUGUAGAAGAAAUACAACUAUUAAAAAAUUCAAAUCCAGAUUUUAAUUAUCGUAGGAGUCUUUAUUUUAGAGAAGAAAUCUCUUCAUCAGUACAACAAACAAAACAAACUAUUAUAAAAAUAUUUCGAUUUACAGCUGAUGAACUCAAUCGUAUGAAAACAGAUGCUAUUACCCAUCUAUCAUCUGAUGUAACUUAUCUAUCAACAUUUGAAGUUCUUACAGCUCAUCUCUAUCAACAUGUAAUGCUUGCUCGUAAUUAUACAACACCAUCUAUUACAAAACUAUAUAUUUCAACAAAUAUUCGUCCACGUUUAACACAAUCAUUCAUUCCUAAUACUUAUUUUGGAAAUGCAAUUAUGCUUUCGUAUUUAGAAAUGAAUACAUUGGAUGUAAUAGAUAAAAAUUCUAUUAGUUUAUUAGCUAGUAAAAUACAUAAAUCUAUUGAAGAAAAUACUGCGAAUGAUAUACGAACUACAUUAGCUUGGAAUUUAGAUGAAACAGAUUUUACUAUUUCUGCUUGGAAUAAAAUGGGAAUAUAUUCCAAUGCAGAAUUUGAAUCGAAUGUUCAUCCAUGUCGAGUUAUACUACCACAAGAUAUGAAAAUGAAUGGUGCAGCUAUUUUAUUAUCAACUGAAGAAAAUGAUGGUAGUAUUGAUGUAUAUUUAGGAUUGGAUGUUAAUGAAAUGAAACAAUUAGAAGAGAACUUAGAUUUUAGAAAAUAUAGUAAAAAAUAA